CGAGUCCCGACUGCCUAUGCUAGUACCGCGUCACACAGUAUCAACGCCGCUCGUCAUGGCGCUCGGACGCAGGAACUCGCUUCUCCUGUUUUUCUUUUUCUUCACAUUUUAAUCUACCCGAAUCUCUUGGACUCGAGUCGUAUACUGUUUCGACUCAACAGCUGAAGAGGGCUGACCCAGUCCUUGCUUUGUUAAACCGAUCUUAACAUAUAAACUUGUGUCCGACCGGGCGAUCGAGAUUUCAGGAACCCUUUUCCAAGACGAAUUCCCUAGUUUGAGGAACUCGGGAAAGAAACUGUUCUGGAAGAAGAGGAGGGGUGAGAAGGGGCCCUUUUUAAAGUGAAUGGUAAAGACAUCACCAUGACUGCGGCAUGGGAGUGACGUGAUAGCUGUAUCAGACUUUUCCUCCAAACACCCUUUUAUCUGCGCACCCACAUCAUGCCCUUAUCUCUUCAAAUGUACAAAACUGAUUGAAUGAACGACCACACUGAGAAAGAUUGUGCUAGUGUGAAAAUGGACGAGUCUGCGCUCCUCGACCUGUUGGAGUGCCCGGUAUGCUUGGAGCGGCUAGACGCCACGGCGAAAGUGUUACCGUGCCAACAUACGUUUUGCCGCCGUUGCCUGCUUGGAAUUGUGGGGUCACGUGGAGAACUGCGCUGCCCGGAAUGCCGCACGCUGGUGGAGAGUGGCGUGGAUGAGUUGCCGAGCAACAUCCUCCUGGUACGGCUGCUGGACGGUAUCAAGCAGAGGCCGAGGAGGACAGGAAGCGUGCACUCGGCGAGUACUAAUGGAUCAGCUGGAGUGGGAGUCCGGGGACAGGCCUCGGGAGGAGGCCAGAGAGAUCAAGGUCCCACGGGGACGCCGUCUCAAAGAGCUCAGGCCAAAACUACUCCAGUGAGGGGUGUCCCCCAGCUACCCUGUGCCAAGGCAUUAUAUAACUACGAUGGCAAAGAACCUGGAGACCUCAAGUUCAGCAAGGGUGACAUCAUCAUCCUGCGUCGGCAGGUGGAUGAGAACUGGUAUCAUGGAGAGAUGGGUGGAGUCCACGGAUUCUUCCCCACAAACUUCGUCCAGGUCAUCAAACCGCUGCCACAACCACCCCCACAAUGUAAAGCCCUCUACGACUUUGAGCUGAAAGAUAAGGAGGCUGACAAGGACUGCCUACCGUUCUCAAAGGAUGAUAUCCUCACCGUAAUUCGUCGAGUAGAUGAAAAUUGGGCAGAGGGGAUGCUGGGAGAUAAGAUUGGCAUCUUCCCCAUAUCUUACGUAGAGUUUAACAGUGCAGCGCGACAGCUCAUAGAACUGGACAAGGCAGAAAGUGGAGGAGACUCCAGCGAAGGUCCCUCUUCCUCGGGCCCCCAGGCCAAUGGCUCCCAGAAGGUCCCCGGGGAAAAGAAGAACAGUAAGAAGCGACACUCCUUCACCUCCUUGACGAUGUCCCAUAAGCCUUGCCUGGCACCUCCACCCCAGAGACACUCCAUGGAGAUCAGCGGCCCGGUUUUGAUCAGCUCCUCUAACCCCACAGCGGCAGCCCGAAUCGGAGAGCUCAGCGGAGGCUUGUCCUCCAGCGCACCUUCACAGGUUCACAUUUGCACAGCAGGACUCAUUGUAACUCCUCCACCAAGCAGUCCUGUCACCACAGCCACAGUUUUCACAUUUCCUCCUGAGACCAGCUAUGCCUCUCUACCUGUGGAUGCUCUUCCUCCUCCACCACCCCCUCCUCCUCAGUCACAGUCCAUAGCUGUGGGUGCAGCCGCAUUGAAUGCUGGACAGAGACCAUUGCCCGCUUUAGGUGACCAGAGUGGACGUCAAAGACCUACAGUUUAUAUGGCCAUGUUUCCGUAUACGCCCCGUAAGGAAGACGAGUUAGAAUUGAGGAAGGGUGAGAUGUUUCUGGUGCUGGAACGCUGUCAGGACGGCUGGUUUAAAGGAACAUCCAUGCACACCGGCAAGAUUGGAGUGUUUCCUGGAAACUACAUGAGUCCUGUCAGCAGGACCGGUAACAAUCAGCCAAAAGUUCCUCUGACUCUGUGCUCUCAGACUGGGCGUGGUGUCACGAUUGUUAGCCCCUCCCCUGCUCCCAUUGGGGCUGGCCUAGGGAAUGGGGACCCCAGCAAACCGCUCCCCAUUUGCCAAAAUCCAGCUCCAUCGUGCUCGCUGCCUGCUGCUAUAGUAACAGCCGCACAUAUACCCACUGGACAGACCCCUAAAGUGCUUAUGCAUGUGACAUCACAGAUGACCGUCAAUCAAGCACGCAGUGUCGUCCGAACAGCUGUGUGUCAUAGUCAGGAUCGCCCUACUGCAGCAGUGACGCCCAUCCAGUCUCAUAACUCUGUGGGCUACCAUCCCAACUCAGCUGUGUGUCUCCAGCCAUCACCUGUCCUCGGCUCCAGCCCCGGAUCUUCAUCUAGCAGAAUGGGCGUGGCUAUGGGCUGCGCGGCCUCCUCCCUGACCCCGCCCAAUGUUAGUGCUGCUUCUCUAGACAGUGAUGUCAUGAGACCCGUCACUGUGGUGGCACUUUCUGCGACCCCCGGAAGCACAAAGUCUCUUGCUGCAGGCUCAAAUCAUAGUGUUGCUUGUAGACUGGAUAAAGACUGCAAGCGGGAGAAAAAAGGCUUGCUGAAACUGUUGUCUAAUAAAAAGAAAGUCCGCCCAUCUCCUCCAUCUUCUCCUACACUGGAGGCGGAGCAGACUGUUGCCAUGGAGAUGCCUCAGGGUGCUACUGGAUCAGAAAUGGUUCAGCCUAGUUCAGCGGUCAAUGCAGUCGGAAACAAUGGUCGUGUUGGAGUUGAAUCUGAACUUUCUGCAUCUUCAUCAUCCAGCACAGAUGCAGCAUCACAUAGAAGCAACUCACAGGACAACACUGCCCCAAUUGCCCCACCGCCACGACAACCGUGCUCUUCACUCCUUUCAGUGCAUCAUGACGGGCGACCAAUCGUGUGUGAACGGUACCGUGUGGUGGUGUCCUACCCUCCCCAAAGUGAAGCAGAGCUGGAACUGAAAGAGGGAGAUAUUGUAUUUGUGCACAGAAAGCGAGAGGACGGCUGGUUUAAAGGAACAUUACAGAGGAACGGGAGAACCGGCCUGUUUCCCGGCAGCUUUGUUGACAGCAUCUAACGCACAUGGACUCUAAAAACUGAACAUUUAGACAAAUAAACUAUGGUAGAAAAUAGCAACACUGAAUUUCAGUCUUACCAACAGCUCUACAAAAGAGACAACAGGACUGUAUGAGUGGUCACAUGACUACACACGAUCUGACUGUGAUGGAGUUCACAAAUGAUGAGGGUCAUCAGAUGCAUGGAUUUUGCUACAGUUUAUAUACUAUAUCCACCUCAGCAGAUCCUGGUGUUUCAGUCCUUAAACAUUUGGUGAAACACAUGGAAGCAGUGGAGGUUAACGGUUAGCACUAGGCACCCUAUUUCUAGCACAGUAGAGUAUGUUGUGAUAGGAUUUGUUAAUUUAUGCAUCUGUAACAUUUCAAAGAGGUUUAAUGUGUGCCUUGUACUGUCUCACUUUACUGUAAAUAUACGCAAACAAACCUGAUCUGAGUCAUGAGAACAAUAUGAAUUUUCUUCAUUAGAAAUACAUGAAUUUAACUUAUUUUUAUUAAGUACAAACAGCUUUUUGGGGAGGUUUAGGUCAACUGAUAGGUCAAAUUCCUGUAGAGACUAAUAACACGAUACACUUCAUGAUCAUGUGAUUUUUUUCUUU